UGUCUCUGUCAUCAGCGGGUGAGCAGCUGGUGUGUGGAAGCUAGGCAGACCCGUUUUACAAGUGCGUGCCUACCUGUCAGCUUGCCUGUUGGAUGUACACUCACACGAUCUCCCUGGGGAGACAGCUGAGAAGACCUGGAGGAAUAAGGAAUUGAAGCUGGGCAGGUCUGGGGUAGGAAAAUCAGUGAGGAGGAACUUAGUCGUAAGAAUUACAACCACACAAGGUAACCAUCAGCGUUAUCAGGAGUGGCCUCAGACAAACUGGGAACCGGCAGCAGGCAAGCUUCAGGAAAAGACUACCGCAGGGCAAGAGAAGUGGUGUAAUUUGGAAGACAGAGGUUGGAGACCCACUUGCUUGUAAUUGAACAUGGCAGGGGAUGUAAAAAGAUUCACACGCAUGCUACUGGAAUGCAACAGCAAUGACAAGCUAUGUGUUGUACGUGAAUAUCAGACUGAAGUGAUUGUUGUCCCAGUUCUCCUGGUGGGUUUUUUUGUCAUUGUGCUGACUGUGAUCCUUUGGCUCCACUGCCGAGGCUUGCGAGCAAAGCAGGAGCAAUCAUCAUCAUCUGGACACCAAGUGAAUGACAAGAAUCAGCAGGAAUCCAGCUCAACAGAGAACGACUAUAUCCAGCUGAGUGAGGCAUCUGUGGAGAGCCUGCUAAAUGCUGCAUCCUUGACUCUGAAAGAACUGGAGAUAUCACGAGAGAAACUCUUACCAGGCACCUUGCAGCUGAUAAAACAUGGCCACUAUGGGAGCAUCUACAGAGCACAACUGGAAACUGGGAACCCCAGGAAGACUAAGACUGUAGUACUGAAAGCCUUACAAGAUCUGGCUAGUCACCAGGAAGUAAAGGAUUUCCUGGGAAGGAUUAAAUUCCAUCAAAAUCUUGGCCAUCAUGAGAACCUGGUUGAAUUAGUUGGAUGCUGUGUAGACCAGCUCCCACUUUAUAUGAUCAUGGAAGAUAUGUCUCUUGGUGACCUGUUGACAUUUCUAUGGACAUGUCGGAAGGAUGUAAUGACAAUGGAUGGUAUCCCCUAUGAUCUCACUGAGAGGCAAGUAUAUGAAGCUGGACAGCAGGUUGCAGCAGCUCUGGCUUACCUUGAACAGAAGAACUUGUUCCAUGGUGACAUUGCUGCCAGGAAUGUCCUCCUUCAUCACAACUUCACUGCUAAGCUCUGUGGUUUGGGUUUGGCCUAUGAAACUCACACAUAUGGUGCCAACUCAGUCACACAGAUUGUGCCAGUCAAGUGGCAGGCACCAGAGCGGCUCCUGAAGAAACCCCCCAGCAUCAAGGCAGACAUAUGGUCUUUUGGAAUUCUACUGUAUGAAAUGAUUACAUUAGGUGCUCCACCAUAUCCUGAGGUGCCACCUUCUGACAUCUUAUCAUACCUGCAGAAACAGAAUAUUAUGAAGCAGCCCUCAAGCUGCCAGCAAGCCAUGUACGGCAUCAUGAAGUCCUGCUGGCAGUGGAAUGCAACUAAGCGGCCUUCUCCAGCAGGCCUAAUCCGGUCCCUACAAACGGCUAUAAAGACCAGCAAUGACCAUGCAGUACUGCAGGUGCCUGAGUUAGUGGUGCCUGAACUCUAUGCUAAUGUUGCUGGUGUUGAUGUGCACAGUCUAGUGAGGGAAUACACUAUACUCUGAAGGACCCUUUCACAUGUUGGUAAAGGAGAAGUCUCUGAGUUUGCCCUUUCUAGACACUUUGCAAGCUCAGAAUGAGGUGUGUAUGUUGGGAGGGAUCCCUUUGUUUUUCAAACAUGUUAUAUAUAUCAGAUCUCUCCUCCAUGCCAGAAACAACAAACUGUUAUCAUUAUUAUUAUUAAAUCAACCUGUUGUUGAUAUCAUUCUGCCAGUGGUCAUUUGGGAGCAAAGUGGGUUUAGGAAGCUGUAGAAAAUGUAAUGAGAAACCUGAGUUAAAGGUGUGUAUUGGGUUUGCGUGGCAAGGUUUUGAU